AUGCGACAACGAUGCUUUUCUCUGUCCGAGCACCACUCUGGCUUCCUACGGUAUGAUGAGGAAAACAAUAGAGUGUACAUCAUUGACUAUACAUUCAUGACUUUCACUGAUACCAACGACAAAUGGUCCCGUGUCAUCAACAGGGACAGUCUGGAUGUUGUUGCAUUUGGUAUCUGGAGACAGCCGGUCGUGAAAGGCCAAAAUCGUCCUGAUCCGCCGCCUCCAGAAGAUGAGGUUUAUUUUAUUGGUAGAGACAUUGCUCCUGUUCAAGGGGCUAGUUUCCGCACUAUGGGAAAGUCUUUUGGCUGAGGUGUCUUUGCUGCGAGCGACAACGAGGUUUCUCCUUAUUCGACCACCACCCCAGUUUCCCCCGCUCCGCUACGACUGGGAGGAUGAUACUGCAGGUCUCGUCCUCCUUCUUUCUUGUC